AUGCCGCUCUGUCUCACCUUCAUUGACUUGAAGAAGGCCUUUGACUCAGUUGAGACGGAAGCGGUUGUGGAAGCCUUGGACAACCAAGGCGUCCCUACUCAGUACAUAAAGCAUCAGCCAAGCGGAGCGAAUGCUGACCGAAUUCGACGGAACAUGUGGAUGUAUCGAUCUUCAGCUGAAUCUACAAAGACGAUGUUCAUGCGGAACGGAUGGAUCUCGGAUGCCCCGUUCACGCUCAACGAAACGAACAUAUCCGAAUGCACCAGCUAUGUUUAUCUGGGUCGGGAAUUGAACAUGAUGAACGACCUGACCCCCGAGCUGGGCAGGAGGAGACGAGCGGAUUGGGGAGCAUACAACAGUGUCGAGGAUGUAGCGAAGAAGACCAGGAACACCCGGCUCUGUGCCCACCUCUUCAACACCACCGUACUUCCUGUUUUGACCUAUGCUUCGGAAAGCUGGGCAUUUCGCAAGCAGGAAGAAAACACGGUUACUGGCUAUUCUCUGGGUGGUUCCUUAGCCUCAAUGACAUCACUCUAUGUGACGAAGAAGCAGCUUGUGGAUCGCAGUCUUAUUCGCUUAGUUACAUUUGGUGAGCCAAGGACAGGAAAUGUGGCAUUUGCAAAGGAGAUCGAGGAAACUAUUGUUUUUCGCUACCGUAUUGUAAAAAAAAACGAUUUUAUAUCAAGCAUACCAAGAUCAGUGGAUCCCACAACUUCGUUGCUGACUGCUACGCUAUUUGACAGGCAGCCGCUGUUCUAUCGGCAUUUAGUACAUUAUGAUAACAAUAUGGAGAAGAACGGAACGUUCUCGGUUUGUGGGCUCUCCGACGACUUCGGCUGCCGCAACACAGACCUCUCUUACGAUCUUACCGAUCAUCUCACUUAUUUCCACAUAGAUAUCGAUCAGUUCAUCGAAGACGGUUGCCCACGGGAUCGGUUGUUCUAG